AUGAGCCAUAUCCGAUCCACUGACGACCCGGCUCCGUUACUCACACAAUGUACACGCCAAGGAGAAGUUUAUCCUCAAGCGUCCCUCGCGGGGAGUGAAAACGAAACCAUUAGUUCAGCUGGAAAGGCGGUCAUAUGCAUGAGAUCUUUUGUGGGUACACCUCCAAUGGCCGCUUCACCCCUCUUCUUCUCCCCCCUCUGCUCCUCUAAGCUGAAGGUCUCCCUUUUGAAGGAUCCAUGCGUCUCCUGGAGACCCGAAGGACAGAGGACGUCGUCCGGCGCCAAGAGAAUGGCCUUGAGCUGCAGUUCUAUUGGCAGUGACCCACGUUUCGAUCAAAAUCUCAGAGCUCAAUCGUCAAUGGCAGCGUUCAGUUUAACAGAGGAUGAGGUCCUUAUGCCCAAGCGAUCUUUUCAAUGGCAGAGGGUCCUGCUUAAAGUCAGUGGUGAGGCACUUGCUGGUGAUCGUUCACAUAACGUUGAUCCAGAGAUCACAAUGUCAAUUGCAAGAGAAGUUGCUGCAGUAACUCGGCUUGGUGUUGAGGUGGCUAUAGUGGUUGGUGGGGGUAACUUCUUCCGUGGGUCUUCUUGGGCGGGGUGCAGUGGGUUGGAUCGCUCAUCUGCUGAUCACAUUGGCAUGUUAGCAACUGUUAUGAAUGCAAUAUUCUUACAAGCAACAAUGGAAAGCAUUGGUAUACCAACCCGAGUCCAGACUGCAUUUCGCAUGUCAGAAGUGGCAGAACCAUAUAUAAGAAGAAGAGCCAUUAGGCAUCUAGAGAAAGGACGAGUUGUUAUAUUUGCUGCUGGGACUGGAAACCCAUUUUUUACAACAGAUACAGCUGCGGCCCUCCGCUGUGCUGAAAUUAAUGCCGAGGUAGUGUUGAAAGCAACAAAUGUUGAUGGGGUAUAUGAUGAUGAUCCUAGAACAAACCCAAAUGCACGGCUUCAUGAUACUCUUAGCUAUCAUGAUGUCACUUCUAAGGAUCUCUCUGUUAUGGAUUUAACAGCCAUCACCCUGUGUCAAGAAAACAACAUCCCAGUUGUUGUAUUCAACUUAUCAAAACCUGGUAAUAUCACCAAAGCAAUUAUGGGUCAGAAAGUUGGCACGAUGAUUGGUGGGUCAUGGGACCGUGUUACGGUUGCAUGAAGUCGAUUGCUGCUCAUCUUGUAACUAACAGUUCAGGAUCUGCAUGGUUCUUUGACACUACAUAGGUGACUGCAGGGUUUUGUUCACAAAUGAGUGCUGAAGAUCAGUGAAACUUAUCUCUCUGUCAUGUAAGAGUUGACCUGGGUACUUAUGCUUUGAUAAACUGGUGCAGCAAGUGACCUUGGUGCUCUGGAAUGGCGAAGUGAGACCUGCGCAGCCUUUAUGCAGUGAAAUAUUGAAUUCAAAUCUGCAUAUGGUAUUUAUGCACAUAAUCCCAACAUGUGCAGAGGGGCAUGGGUGCAGACACAUGCAGUUCAAUGGUGCUUGUCAUGCAGAGUACGUGUAGACAAUGGUUUGUUUUCAAGGACGCCUAAUUAUCACGUGUACCUCAGCGUAGGAGGGCAUUUAAUGGUGUCUGUCUUGUUUUUUGUCAGACGCCCUUAGAUUUGUUCAUACGGAUGCUUUAUGUAGUUCAUACCUCUAAACUAAAGCAAUUCACAUGAGUUUGUGGACAUGCACAAACACGCAAGACAUUAAUAUGUUGUGCAUAAGUUCCUAAAGCUCCUUCUGAUAAA